GCAAGCCGUGUUCACCGAUCCAAUAUCCUACCGUCCAAUAUCUACGACCAGUUCCAAAAAUGUUAGUAGAAGCUUUCAAUGCGACUGACAGCAAGAAUGUAACCUUGAGCUCAUCAGAGUUCAAGAACAUAACCAUGGCGUCGGUUGACCUUGACCUUUUGAUCGGCCCCAAGCGGCGCGCUCUGAGCACUGUAAUCCCUAUGACUGUGGUAUAUUCCCUCAUCUUUGUGACGGGUAUUGGGGGUAACGUGUGCACGUGCAUUGUCAUCGCACGCAACAAAUACAUGCACACUGCCACGAACUAUUACCUGUUCAACCUCGCUGUAUCAGACCUCUUGUUGUUAGUCCUUGGGCUUCCCCAAGAAACAUACUCCUUCUGGUCGGAAUACCCAUACAUCUUCGGUGAGACUUUCUGCAGGUUCCGAUUCUUUGCCGCGGAGGCGUCAACAUACGCGUCCAUCCUUACCAUCACGGCCUUCACCGUUGAGAGGUACGUGGCAAUAUGUCAUCCGAUGUGGAUGCCCAGCAACUCCAACCUGCCACGAGCUGUACGAGUGAUAUCUGCCAUAUGGGUAAUAUCGGCUGUAUGUUCUAUACCAAUAUCAUUACAGUUUGGGAUUGUGUACAGAUACCAGAAGGGUUCCGCGCUGAGGAUAGAGGAGUCUGCCCAGUGUAACACGAUGGAUGAAGAAGAGGCCAGAAUCUACUUCCAGUUGUCCACCUUCCUGUUCUUUGUGUUCCCCAUGACAGUGUUGUCCAUCUUGUACUUCCUGAUCGCUAUUGCUAUCCGGAAGUCCGGACUUAACCGGACUGGGUCGGAUUCCUCGACGGAAAGUCAGCCUUCUGGGGCAGAGAUUCGGAUACAGCAGCAGAGCAGGGCCAGACAGUCGGUCCUCAAGAUGCUCGUGACAGUAGUCGUGGCUUUCUUCGUCUGCUGGGCCCCCUUCCACUCCCAACGCCUCCUCGUCAUGUAUGUGGAACGCUGGACACACCAACUCCUGCUCGUACACGAACGUCUGUACCACGUCUCCGGCGUCUUCUACUACAUCAGCUCCACCAUCAACCCCAUCCUGUACAGCAUCAUGUCCCUCAAGUUCAGACAGGCGUUCAGAUCAACGCUACUUUGCCCAUGUUGUCGGAGUCCACGAAGCAGGAACCGGAAUAGCUAUACCUACAAAUUUGUUCAUAAAAACAGCGGCUCGGAUACCAUAUGCACAGCGGUCGACAGUGGGUCGGCAACACGCUGCUGUGGGUCUAGUGAAGGAGUUCAACCUGAGAGUAACCCACUCCAUUCUGUCACCAUAUUCUCAACCAUCGCCGUAGUCACUGACUCCGCUACUAUCGCUAUCGUCACCAACUCUGCCACCAUCACCUACAUCGCCACAAUCGCCGCCACCGUCACCAACUCUGCCACUAUCGCCGCCGUCACCUUCUACGCCACGAUCGCCGCCGCUGUCACCUACUCCGCCUCCGUCGUCAUAUACAGUGAGUAUGGUCGAUACCAUCAUCCAAAACUUAUAUGCUGA